AACGGCGAAAUUGUCGUAAAAAACGUGUCAUCCUUCCAGCGCCUUAACUUUGUGAACUUUUUAUCGAAGAUAAGCAAUAUGCAGUUCAUUGGGUACUUUUUUUUUUUUUUUUUUUGCAAAAAUAACGAGGUGAUGACAGGAUCCUGCUCGAUAUUACGGUUUAAUUGUGUUCGAUGAUGGCCUCUUGGCAGCCGGUGAGCAAUAUGAGAGAUUAUGUGUCCCAGAACCCUCCGGCCGUGACCUUUUUCCUGUGUCUCCUGACAUUGGCCAUUUCGUUCAUCUGCCUCGGCUCUUACAGCUAUAAUCACACCCUGCCCAAUCCUGACACAGCAAAGGACUGGAACCACCUCCUCUCUGCAUUAGCACACUUCCGUCUGUGUGUAAAAACCAAUUGGAGUUCAGAUGAGCCAGUGCCUCCAGGCCCAUCUCAUCUUACACGGGACAAAAUAGAUGGAGACGCUUCGCUUGACUUGCCGUCGCAACCCCCAACUGUCGUCAGUUUGCAUCUCAAGGUUCCUCUUGCUAUCACAACCAGCCACGGCCUUCCCAAAAAUGUUGAACUUUGCGCAACCUUUACAGCCAGGCAGUUGCAUCUUGGGGGCAAUGAGAUUGUGAAAGUAAACAUCCAUUCUGAAAAUGGUACCGACGCCUGCCUCACUAUAAAAGCGCCAACAGCUCUCCUCCCCAUGAGCCAACUUCCCCCAGAGUGUCCUGCAUCUGGCAACAGCCGUUCAUCUGUCCACGUGGAGGCAAUUGACCAGACACCACCGGCAUCACAAGCCUGCUACCGUCUUCUCUCCAGGAAUGACCCCACUUUCACUGUCAUGUUAACAAAGGAAGAGCAGUGGGUGUCAGUGAGACAUCUCAUAGAAGUCAGUGUGUGUCUGAUAGGAGUUUGUUUAAUACUUUGUUUAGCGACCAGCCUGACACAUUCAAUGAUGCGCAGGAAGGGACUGGAUCUUCAAAAUGAACCUUUGAUGGACACUUGAACACUUUAAUCAACUGAAUAUUGAAAGAUUCAGUCCAAGGCUGUGAGGAAAAACUAUUCUACCGUCCAAUGGGAUCCUAAUGAGAACGUUUUGCGCAAUAUGUACUUCUCAACAGGUUUUCUGUUUACCGUAGUCCAGUGUCUCAGAUAUUUGCUCCGUGUAAAUGUUUGCCGACUUUAGAAUAAAGUAGUAGAAAAUUGUUAAUUCUGUUGCUGUUGAAUUGCACCUAAUACAUACUGUAUGUAUUAAAAUAAAAAAAAUCGAAAUCAAGUCUUUCACAUCAGGAAGUGGAAAAAAGCAAUGUUUAAUAUUUAAUAUAUUAUUACAUGUCUUUAAAACAGUUUCAUGAUUAAUAAAGAACUUUUGUUAGA